ACUUUGGAUUUUUUUUUAAUUAUUUAAACAACUUAAUCUAGCAUUUCCUAUUGGCUGUUGAUCUGCAGCAGCUGUAACAGGGAUGUUUUCCCGCUCUUAUUCAUAAAAUGACGUACUUCCUGUAUUGUCAAGCAGCUUGUAAUGUUUUGCGGGAACGGUGGACUUGCACAGAUUCAAACAUGACAUUAAUUUUGCAGUAGAUAUCACGUUGCUAUAUUUGUAAUUCCCGAUCUGUUAUUUUGUUGCGAGGGAUAUCAACGGGUCGCUGCUGUUCGUUUGGACUGUCUUCCCUUCCUCAGACCGGUAAACAAACACAGAGGUAUGAACAUGAGCAAGGCGAAGUCGAGUAGGGACAGAAGGAUCGCUCCGCCCGGCGUCACAAGGGUGACUCGCAGUUCCAUCAACCCUCAGGACUCUCGGCGCUCUAAACCCACAGAUUCAGGCCUGGUGGACGACCUCAGCCUCAUGAGCGUGAGUGAACAGCAGGCCUCAUUAGCACGGAAAGGGAAAUCCUACCAGAGUUCAUCUCCCAGCACUAAGCCCAUUCUCUCCUCGCCCUCUGGCAGCUCUGUCCCGCGUGGGGCUUUGGAAACUAUCGGCCGGCUGAUGAAGCUCGGCCGGGUGCGAAACAUUGUGGUUGUUGCUGGAGCAGGUAUCAGCACAGGCAGCGGUAUACCAGACUUCAGGACGCCAGGGACAGGUCUUUAUGCGAACCUUGCGAAGUAUGACAUCCCUUACCCAGAGGCCAUCUUUAACAUCGACUACUUCUCUGACAACCCUCAUCCUUUCUUCUCAUUGGCUAAAGAGCUGUACCCUGGACACCACCGUCCAAACUAUGUUCACUAUUUCAUCCGUAUGCUGCAUCAGAAGGGCCUGCUGCUCCGCAUGUACACUCAGAACAUCGACGGGCUUGAAAAACUGUGCGGUAUCCCAGAUGACAAACUUGUGGAGGCUCAUGGGAGUUUUGCCACUGCUGCCUGCCACCUCUGCUAUACACCUUAUCCUGCCGAGGAAGCCAAGCAAGCUAUAAUGAAAGGCAACGUUCCCAUCUGUACAUUUUGUGCCGGGGCAGUCAAACCUAAUGUCGUGUUCUUUGGAGAAGAUCUGCCAGAAAAGUACUUUCAACAUGCUGAAGAUUUCCCAAAAGCUGACCUUCUCAUGAUCAUGGGCACUUCUUUAAAGAUCGAGCCUUUCGCCAGCCUGGUCAACACCGUGAAGUCCACAGUGCCUCGUCUGCUGCUGAACCGUGAUCCAGUCGGGCCCUUUGAACGGAGGCCCCUGAGGAGGGCCGACUACAUGGAGCUGGGAGAUCUCUCUGAUUCUGUCCGAAAGCUUGCCGAGAUCCUGGGAUGGCAUACUGAGAUUCAAGACCUGAUGAACAGCCAUGAAAAUGGGCUUCGUUCUUAUACUGACCCCAGCAAUAGCAGCGGUGAGAACAGUGACUCGUCAGAGACCGACAGCAUGCACUAAUGUCAUCCACAGACAUGCUUUGUAUGUUUAAAAUAUCACAGACUACUGCAAUGGACACCUAGCAAGGCUUCAAAAUCCACAGUGAUGUUUAUGUAUAUCCUUACGUCUGAAUAUUUUAGGAUGUCAUUGUUCUUACCAGUAGUAACAGCCAGUUUGUCUGUAUCUGGGCAGUCUUUUCCUGAAACGGAUAAACCGUAGCCUUGUUUGAUCACAGUGAAUUUUGGCCAUGUUUCUGGUGGGAUUAGACUCUAUUUUUGUUGGGUUUAAUAUAAUUAUCUGCAUAAUAUGCUGCUCAUUUUGACUGAAAACCUGCAUCUAGAUUUCUUCUAAAUUCUAGCACUUAUACUCUUUAUGGAAAGCCGUAAUAAAUAAGCAGUGAGCUGUAAUUACGUCACAUCUGCACAUCCUGAUUCAAAUAUGCGGACCCUGAAAUGUUAUUUUGUUAGUUUAGCACCACUAAUUAUCUCUGGAAAGAUAAAAUGUGUUAUAAGGCUCCUUUAGCAUUCUACAAACUAUAUUCAAACCAUAUUCCAGAUUUGAAUCUUUAUUUUGAAAGGUUGGCGGUGUGCAGAGUUAAUUUGUAAAAAUUGAAAUGUACUUUUUUUUUUUUAUAUAUAUAUAAAUGUGUAUGUCUAUAUAUUUGUCUGCUAGUUGCAAGUCAUUUGGCAUCCAGCGAGUCAUGGUUUGGCCCCAGUGAGCGAACGGUGCUAAAUUAGCAUGGAAGGCAUGACCUCCCAAGUGUGCAGUGCCCCCACUGUGUGUUUUCACAGGCACUGCAGCCUCCAAGCAGGAGUUCCAACCCCCUUAAAACUCUAAUAAAUGUCUUUGGUCAGCAACAAAGAACCCCAAUAUCCUGCUGCUGCGGUGUGUGUGAGAGGUUCUGCGUAUGAGAACGGCAGUGAGCACAAUUUGAUUUUGCACGGGAUCAGUGAAGUAGCUGGUAAUUACUACACUGCUGUGAUCAUAUCUGUUCAUGUCCCUCAGGGAUUUUGGCACAUUUUGAGAAUUAUGGACAAAAAGCCAGAAUGCUUAUUAAAUGUUUUAGUCCAUCUCGUUUCUUUAGUCAUAUAUGCAGGUUGCCAUGUUUGUUUUGUUGAAGCCUGUUUACCACCUGUCUUUUAAAUCAGUGUUUCUGAUUCAUGGAAUGAUUUUGUUUAAAAUGGGACUCUGUUGCCUCUCCAGUUGAAUCUGAUUCUUAGUAGAUAAAGCUUGCAUUUGUUGUUUUUAAUGUUCUCGCCAUUUGUACUUCUGAAUAUUAAAAUGCUGCUUUUUAAUUUUUAUUAUACCGUUAAUAAAGAUUGCAUCUUAUAUUUAAUAAAUAUAUUCAUAGCUUUUUCA